AUGGAACGGCAGAGAAAGCGCGAGCUGCGCGAACAGAACGCGCGAGUGUGGGCUGGCGACACAGAUGUGUUCCCGGUCCAAGGCUCGCUCGACUCCUCUAUGAAGAAAAAUACCGCCUUUAUCAAACGACUACGCACUGCGAUCACGGCAAGCUCCCAGGGCCAAUUCCUCCAAGAAGUUAGAACCCUCUCGCUCCACAAAUACCUCUCCGAGAUAAUCUCCGCCUGCUACGAGGGUCUUUGCAAGCUCAAAUCGCCAGGGGAAAUCGCUGCUGGUGUCGAAAUAGUCAGCGCACUGCACCAACGCUUCGGACCUGGAGAGUUCACCGGAUUCAUUGGCUGGCACAUUGGGAGAGGGCUGAGCACACCGGACAAGGCACACCUCAAGGCGCUGGCGCAGGAUGUUCGGGAGAGGGAAGAGAAGGACCGUCUAGCCCGCCAGCGCGUCUUGCUACGGGUAGCAACCGAGUUAUGGCUCGUUGGGGUGUUGCGGAGUUUGGACGACGUCACCAGGCCAGAAGAAGCUGCAAAAGGCAAGGAUAGCGUGAAGCUGGUAGAGAGCGCUGGAAAAACAAAGUCCUCGGCUAACGGCCCUCGGUCGGAUGGCGUGGAUGCGGAGCCCUUUCCUCUUGAAGUGCUCAAGGAUAUGCUGGGUCAUGACCGGGAGCACGUCAAUCUUCCUCUGGUGGUCAUCUUCGUCAAGGCAUUUGCAUGGGAUGUGCUAGGAGCCAAGACCUCCCCUGAAGGCCGCAAGACUGUUCUUGCGGACGGAUCUACUACCGCACCAGGGGACAGAGAAUCGGCUGCCGGAACAGACUCUGAGGACUUGACUGCUAAGGACCCACCAAUCACGACGACAGAACUUCGCCAGCGUUUCAAGAACGUUCUUCUCCGUUAUUUUGAGGAUGUGAAGAACCACCUGGCCCGCGACCAAAAGACUCUUGUUGCUCAGGGACGUCGUAAUGCAGAGGCAUACGUCAAGUCUGGCGAAGUAUUUGAAGAUCGCCAGGCCAACUACGAGAAACAGACCAAGGCUCAGGAGAAACUUGUCGUCAAUGCCCAAGUACUUGCGGACGCACUCGGUGCGGAUAUGCCAGAUUUGAAGGAGAAAGAUACUACUGCUGCUUCCGGGGAUAGUUCGAUUGGCCUUGUAAAAGCUGGGGAUUAUCUUCGUGGCCAGGGCGAAGGGCCUGGAAUCUGGGAAGAUGAAGAGGAACGCCGCUUCUACGAGAAUGUUAUCGAUCUCAAGGACCGGGUACCUGGAAUCCUUCUCGAGGAACCCAAGAAGAAGAAACCCGACAACGACGAGCAAGUGGGAAAGAAGAUUGAGAGCAAGCCAUCGGGUGUGGAUCCAGAAGCUACGGAGAAACUAGAUGCGACAGCGGAUGCUAAGCUUGUGGAUGGUGAAGACCAGUCAACGGCCAUUGCAAACAAGUCAGUUGGAGCCCAGGUGGAUGCAAUUCUAGCACGUCUACCAGACGCCAACUCAAAAGACUUGGUCGAUCAAGCGGCUGUUGAUUUCUGCUUCUUGAACUCCAAAGCUUCUCGCAAUAGGCUGAUCAAAGCAGUACAAGACAUCCCAAAGAGCCGCUCCGACAUUUUGCCGCUAUAUUCUAGACUGGUUGCAACCCUUGGCAAAUACAUGCCAGAUGUCUCCCAGGGACUGGUAACUUACUUGGAUGACGAAUUUCGCAGCCUGCAGCGGCGCAAGUCCAAGGAUUUUCUUGGACAAGUCAGGACUCAGAACGUGCGCUAUCUUGCAGAGUUGACAAAAUUCGGCGUCGUUCCUGAGCAUGUCAUAUUCCACUGUCUUAAGGUCAGCCUUGAUGAGUUUUCGAGGAUGAAUAUUGAGAUCAUAUGCAAUCUCCUUGAGAACUGCGGCCGCUAUCUUCUUCGUAAUCCGGAAACUUCGCCGCGAAUGCACUCCUUUCUGGAGACCCUUCAGCGUAAGAAGGCAGCUCAGCAUCUUGGCCAACAAGAGCGUAUGCUCAUUGAAAAUGCCGUUUAUUACGUCAAUCCGCCCGAACGAUCUGCCAUCGAGCAGAAAGAGAGGACCCCAUUAGAGCUAUUCCUUCGCAAGCUCGCUUAUCAAGAUUUGAGUAGACGGACUGUCGAUAAGAUCGUUAAGCAGGUUCGGAAGCUUCAUUGGGAAGAAGACGAGGUCGUGAACAUCAUCCAUAAGAUCUUCACCAAACCAGGCAAAAUAAAGUAUAGCAACAUACAUCUUCUUGCUGAUAUUCUUUCGUCUCUCCACAGAUAUCACCAGGAGUUCUGCAUGUCGGUCAUUGACGACCUUCUCGAAUCAAUCACUUUUGGACUGGAGCUCAACGACUUCAAAUUCAACCAACGUCGCAUAGCAGAAGUCAAGUAUCUUGGGGAGCUAUACAUCUACAAAAUGGUCGACACCAAUCUCCUUUUUGACACUUUUUAUAAGAUUGCGUCUUAUGGGCACGAGGGCAAUACUCCGAAGCGCGGCAGCAUCAACCCAUUGGAUCUUCCAGAUGAUUACUUCCGGAUUCGUCUGAUUUGCAACCUUCUAGAGACCUGCGGCGUGUAUUUUGUGAAGGGACCAUUAGCGAAGAAGUUCGAGUUCUUUUUAACGUUCUUUCAGUACUACGUUUAUGGCGUCAAAGACCCGUUACCUAUGGAUAUCGAAUUUCUCGUCCAAGACGCUUACAUGCUGGCCAGACCGCAAUGGAAGCUUUUGACGGAUCCUGAAGAAGCAUCCAACGCCUUUGUCGAGAUCGUCAGGCAAAAUUACCAGACUGCUACAGUCGACAAGGCGGACGAAGCAGACGAACUCGACGAAGCAUCCGCCUCUGAUGAUGAGGAUGGCGCUGAGGAUGACGCGGUUGACAUUGCCGAUGAAGAUGGAGACAAAGAAGAAGAGAAGUCUUCUGAGGACGAAGAUGACGAUGAGCCACUGGAGCGAGUAUUUGAAGAUGAAGAAGAGCAAAUCGUCGUCACUCGCCAGGAGGACGAGAGAGACCCGGAAGCUGACGCGGACUUCGAUCGCGAGCUUGCCAAGUUGAUGUCUGAGAGUCUAGACUCCCGCAAGUUCGAACGCAAAACGGUCUUCGAUGUUCCACUACCGAUGCGACGUGCUCGCGAGCAAGCUUCCAAUACAGAGGAUAGUGCAGCCGAGGCGGCGCCUGCUCCGGCACCUCCGUCCAACACUAUGAAGUUUUCUCUUCUAAGCAAGCGCGGCAAUCGACAACAGACGCGGUCCAUUGAUCUGCCUUCCGACUCCAACUUCGCCAUUGCAAUGAAGAGCAAGCAGCAGGCAGAGAGAGAGGAGCAACAGCGUAUCAAGAAUCUCGUCCUGAACUACGACCUCCGAGGCACAGACGAAAAUGAAAGCGACGGUGAUACACCAUUUUCUCAUUUACUUCAGCCCAACUGCAACAGAAAACAUACUGAGACAUCCUCAGGCCUCGAAAAGCAGCACAACCCCUACAUCCAGCCGCGCAUUGACAAAGCAGGCAACAACCGGAGUAAUCAGCGCGCCAGGAAACUACAGCUUAGCGAUGUCGAGUGGUAUGGAAACAAACGUUCCUCAUCUCAGACUCCACUCUCCACUCUCAGUCAGCCUUCUCUCCCUCGAAAAAAGAUCGUCGAAUCAGACUCAAAGGUGUCAGGACGACGAGACUCUCUUUUACCCGACGAUCAAUUUCCUUCGUUGAAAGAUUCUCAGUCUCAGAAUCAAGUCCGUCGUCAGGCUUCGCGCCCGACUUCUCGGCGCACUUUUAGAAAGCGGGGCUGA